AUGGCCCCUCACGAAAAGGCUAUUGGAGAGGAGACUGGCUUAAGCCUCUCCGAUGGGAGAAUGCUCUCUUAUGCGGAGUAUGGCGAACCUUCUGGCGCCCCAGUCCUGUUCUUUCACGGCUUCCCAGGCUCGCAUAAGGAGGCAGCUCUCUGGCACGACUCCGCUGUUCGGCAUUCUGUUCGUCUCAUUGCACCCGACCGCCCCGGUAUUGGGUUCUCUAGCUACCAGCCUGAGCGGUGCUUCCUCGACUGGCCUGCAGAUAUAUCUGCCCUUACUAGUCAACUCGGUCUUGUGGGCAGAGACUGUCGAAUUCUUGCCGUGGCAGGGGGUUCGCCAUAUGCGCUUGCCUGCCUCCAUGAGCAAUCUACCGCCAGCAAACACGAACUCCCUCGAUUUCGAGAUACCGCCAUUGUUUCUGGUAUCUAUCCUCUAUCCCUAGGGUCUACUGGGAUCAAGCUCUCCACUCGGAUCACACUUUGGAUUGUUGGACACCUCUGGUUUCUGCUUGUACCACUUCUCGACUGGCUGAUGGGCAAGCCAGCACGAACAGAUCCGGAGCUCUUCCGAGCCCGGCUCCUCAAGGAGGCUAAGGGCAGACCCUUCGUCGACAGGAAGUGCCUUGCGGACAACAAGGAGUUCGCUGACGGAUUUAUCGAGUCUGCCCGUCACUCUUUUGCUCAGGACGCCCGGGGCGCAGCCUAUGAAGCUGGGCUUAUGGGUCGUGCUUGGGGUUUCGACUUGCACAGCCUUGUCGGCAAUAAUAUAACAAUGUGGCAAGGCGGCUUCGAUGAUGCCUGUCCCGUACCUCUUGCUAGGAGGGCGCAGGAUAAGCUGACUGGCAGCACUUUGAAGGUCUUCGAAUACGAAGGCCACUUGACUAUUUGGGCUAGGAGGCAAGAUGUGAUUUGGGAAGCAUUAUUGGAUAAUGACGUGAGAUAG